AUGGCAUCUCGAACGACUGCAUUGCGGCCGCUUUGCGCGCCCUCGAAAAACAACAUUAGGUAUUCACAAAGAAAUUAGGAAUGCUCAGUCUCCCAUUUCUUCUAGAUGCUCAUUCUCCACCACCUCUUCAGAAACUCCAGCGAAAAAGAAGAAAUCUACAGUCUUCCUCCCAUCUUCCUCUUUCAUAAAUCAUGUCAAAUCAACAGAACGCUCCUCUUCCGAUCAAAAAGCGGCUGCAGACGGUGGAUUCGAAGAGCUGUAUUCGUGGCAGAAAAACAGAGAAGGUCCAUUGUUCGAGCUUUUGGACGGACCGCCAUACGCGAACGGAGAAGCUCACACAGGACAUGCAAUCAACAAGAUACUCAAGGAUUUUGUGGUGAAGAGCAGAAUUGCACUGGGCUACAUGUGAGAUUAUUGAUUAGUGCUCAGCGUGAAUAGUGGAUGGCGGACGGCGCAGAGAGUAUUCUUGUGAACAUAUAUCACUUUACCCAUGCCGGUUUGCCUGUGACUGAAAUUGGAACAAUACAGAGAAGAUUAGCAUGACCCCUGCGCAAGGAUGACACGCAAAUUCGUGAAGCGUUCCAAAUUGUUUGCUAUUUUCAGAGUUCACUUCCGCCCCGGCUGGGAUUGUCACGGCCUUCCGAUCGAACUGAAAAUCGGAAAACGACAAGGAAAUUCUCAGUUGCGGACUCCGCUGGAAAUUCGUUCCGAUGCCCGGAUUGUGGCAGACGAAGCGAUCGGAAAGCAGAUGAACGCUUUCCGGAGAUGGGGAGUGACUGCCGAUUGGCAGAAUCCGUACGUAACGAAAAGCCCGGAGUAUGUGGCCGCUCAGUUGGACAUCUUUGCUCGGCUCGUGGAGCAGAAACUCGUGUACAGAUCAUUCAAACCAGUUUACUGGUCUCCGAGUUCGAAUACUGCUUUGGCUGAGUCGGAACUAGAAUACAACGAAAAACAUCAGAGCACCAGUGUCUACUUCCGCUUCAAAAUGAUCGACUUCUCCGCUUCUGACGUUAUCUGGCCGUCGCCUCCGCCUUCAAAGCCUUUCCAAUUCUUCGCUCUCAUCUGGACCACGACUCCAUGGACUUUGCCACUCAACAACGCCAUUUGUGUGUCUUCGGGAAUAGAAUACUCGGUUUUUCAAUUUGAAGACGAGCUCAAGUAUGUGCGAGAAGUCUUAUGAACAACUCGCCAUUUUAUUCUUUCAGCAAUCCGACAUGCUCAUUCUAUCUCGUCGCCUCAAAACUGCUCAACGAGUUCGAAAAGUCAAGUGCGCGCAAAUGCAAAGUUUUAGGAAAAUUGAACGCGGGGAAUCUGAUCGGGAGACGAUACCGCAGUUGCUGGCACAAUGAACUUGCACUGCCGAUCCACGAGGGAGAACACGUCAGCGAUUCGGUCGGAACUGGACUGGUGCACACUUCAUUCGCACACGGUUUCCAGGACUACGAUGUGACAAGAAAGUGCGCAGUUUUGUUAAAAUAAGCAUUUUUCCAGGUAGCGUUAUCGAAAGGAGAACGAGUUGAGAGCUUUGUAGACGCCCGUGGUCGCUACAGCCGACACCUCGGCCACGAUCUCGACGGAAAGGAAGUGCUCGGCGAGGGACAGAGAGAGGCUCUCCGUCUUCUCAAACACGAUAUCAUUCACAUGGCCAAACACAUUCACUCGUAUCCGUACGAUUGGCGAACGAAGAAGCCGGUGAUCAUCCGGAGCAGCGAGCAGUGGUUCAUUGACGUGGACGAAAUCGGAAGACGGGCGGCCGCGAUGCUCGAUGACAUUGCAGUGUCUGCUGGCGAAUCGGACCUCCGCGGAGCACUCAAACAACUCGUGACGACAAGAAAAAGUUGGUGCAUUUCGAGACAAAGAGUGUGGGGAACACCGAUUCCCGGGCUGAUCGACAGAAACGGAGCAUCGUACACGUCUCGCAAGCUCAUCGAAUACGUGGCGCAAUUGACGAGAGAACGAGGAACGACGGAUGUUUGGUGGGAGAUCGGAGUGGACGAGAUUUUGGCGAACGGAGACGUCAGAAGAUCUUUGCAGAUCCCUGAAGGCGUUGAAGUUACCAAAAAUACAGAUAUCAUGGACGUAUGGCUCGAUUCUGGACUCGCCUGGCACGCAGCCAAGUUAGAUGAUUCCGAAAGGGAACACGUGGCAGAUGUCGUUCUGGAAGGAGUCGAUCAGUUCAGAGGAUGGUUCCAGUCGCUUCUGCUCACUUCGGUCGCUGUCCAGAACAAACUCCCCUAUCGACGGAUUAUUGUGCAUGGAUUCUGCAUCGACGAGAACAACAACAAAAUGUCGAAAUCGAUUGGGAACGUCGUUGAUCCUACAAUGCUCACAGACGGAUCUCUGAAGCAGAAAGCGAUCGGCGCCGACGGAUUACGCUUCUGGGUGGCUCUUUCCGGAUCUGAAAACGCAGGCGAAUCAAGGAUCGGACCGAAAAUCAUUGAGGAUGUCGAUAAGAAAGUGAUUGCUCUCCGGAACGGAUUCCGAUUCAUGAUCGGCGGAUGCCAGGGGUUCAACGGAAUCGAGCCGAACUUCCAGUUGAGAACACUCGACAAGGACAUGCUACAGAACUGCGACGGCUUCGUGAAACGGUCAAUCGGCCACUACGGAGACUUCAAAUUCCGAACUGUGGCCAAUGACUUGACGCAGUUUAUGCAACGGAAUUUCAGCACGAAUUACGUGGUAAACAAAAUCAAGAAAAGCGUCGAAAUUGCAAAAAUCUCAUUCAGAAAUACGUGCGAGAUCGUUUGUAUUGUAAUCGAAUUGGAAGUGAGGCACACCUCUCCGCGCAGUUUACUCUUCACAGGUUGGACGCUAAAUCUGUCGACUUUUGCAUCAUCCCUUCAUUCCAGAGUGGCUCACAACCUUGCUCACGUCAUCUCCCCGAUCCUCCCGCAUCUCUCUUCCGAAGUACUCCAUCACCUGCCCGGCUCUCACGAAAAACACAUUCUCCGCUUGAAACUCGACCAACUGCAGUCGGGAGUGACUGCUGAUUUUCAGCUCUUUGAGCACAUGCAAUUAAUUCAAGAGAUCCGAAAUAUACUGGAAACAACCGCCGGACCGAAGAUUGACACGUCGAAAAAGGUAUUGACGCACAGAAUGAGAGACCGCAGAGAGAUUCAUCCUGAUCAUAUUUCAGGGAGUUGUCCUUGGAUUACCUCAGGAAUCCGAAAAGAUUCUGUCGAUUUAUAACGCAGAACUCCCGGAGCUUUUCAAUGUUUCGGAGGUGAAAGUGUUCCGUACAAGCGAUGAAAUUACGAUUGAGAUAGUGGAAAGCGGAAUGCGGUACUGCGAAAGAUGCCGGAAACACACGCGGAAAGACGGAGAGUCACUGUGCGGACGGUGCGCAGAAGCUGUUGCUUUAUAG